CUGUGUAUAUAAGAGGAAGCGCUGGGAACAGAUAUCGAACUGUGGGCCAUAUUACGGCUACAUAACAGCGCCGUAGCAGCAAACGCAUACAUCACUGUAUUCUCCCGUAGGAAAAGGAUUCAUUUAGUUAUCAGAACCUUGUUUAUAUUAUGAUCAUUCGGCGUUUAACUUCUGAACUUUCUAUGGAACAAAAGCAGAGCCAAACUAUAGUUAAAAAGAGUUUCAACGAGCGGGAUACUUUUAGAGAAUCCUGGACAUCCCUUUGUUAGCUGCCCUGGCCCACUGGAUCUGACAACAGGUUCGGGCAGAGUGCAUUUGUCUUCUUGAUCACUAUAUUGCAUUCCCUGACAUUUCUCGUUACUCACUGCUAAAUCGUACCGUUUCUCAAAAUGGUUGGAUUCAAACCCACAGAUGUUCCUCCUACAGCUGCGGUGAAAUUUAUUGGUGCUGGAACAGCCGCUUGCAUCGCUGACGUGUUCACCUUCCCUUUGGACACUGCUAAAGUCAGACUACAGAUUCAAGGAGAAUUGAAGUCUGCUGCAGAAGUGGCCACCGUAAAGUAUAGAGGUGUCUUUGGCACCAUAACUACAAUGGUCAAGACUGAGGGACCGAGAAGUCUCUACAGUGGUCUGGUAGCUGGUCUUCAACGUCAGAUGAGUUUUGCUUCAGUGCGCAUUGGACUUUAUGAUUCUGUGAAACAGUUUUAUACCAAAGGAUCUGAACAUGUUGGUGUUGGAAGCCGCCUACUUGCUGGUUGUACCACAGGAGCCAUGGCUGUGGCCUUUGCCCAACCAACUGAUGUGGUGAAAGUGAGAUUUCAAGCACAAGCAAAUCUGUCUAGUCCAAACAGAAGAUAUAACAGCACCAUCGAAGCCUAUAAAACAAUUGCCAAGGAAGAAGGUGUUCGUGGAUUAUGGAAAGGCACUUUUCCAAAUAUUGCUCGUAAUGCCAUCGUGAACUGUACAGAGCUUGUUACCUAUGAUCUGAUCAAGGAUCUGUUGAUGAAAAAUGGUCUGUUGAGUGAUAACCUUCCAUGCCAUUUCUCUUCUGCUGUUGGUGCUGGAUUCUGCACAACUAUUAUCGCUUCGCCUGUUGAUGUAGUGAAGACAAGAUACAUGAACUCUGCCCCUGGCCAAUACAGAAGUGCAAUCAACUGUGCAGUAACCAUGUUUACAAAGGAGGGUCUUACAGCCUUCUAUAAAGGGUUUAUGCCAUCAUUUCUACGUCUGGGGUCCUGGAACAUAGUGAUGUUUAUUACAUAUGAACAGCUGAAACGAGCUUUGAUGGUAGCCACACUUUCUUAAGAAUCUCCUCUGUAAACAAAAAUAAUGCUUAGUUUUAGCUGCUGAGUUUGCACAACUUGUAUCCCAAUAAUAACUCUUAGUUCCUCCUACCUCUUUCAUUAGAAUUUUGCAUAUUUACUCCAAGUAGAUUUUCAAAGACCUUGAACGGUUUCAGGCUUUAAAUUGCAAUGUUUCAUUGUACUACUUGAUAUUUAAUUUCUUUACUGAUUUUCUUAUCUUCUUUUUGAAACAAUGUAUCCUAUUGCCCAAAAGGGCCACAGCAGAUUUGAUUUACCAUGGACCUGUGUGAAGUAAUUGAUUUCACAACAAUUUUUCUACCUUCCCCACCCCUCCAACACCACCAACAAAUUUGAUAGAACUCUCAGCAGGAAACAACCGUCCUUAAUUUUAGUCUUUGUGCCUGGAAAUCUAUUGGUCGUUGGAACAUAUCACUGUGUGGAAGUAAAGUACCAUGCAGGUAGAAUCUCAAUUUUGAUUUGGAGUGAUGUUUGAUUUUAUUACCCUCUUAAUUGUACUGUUGCUGUUCUAUUUCAAAUAAAACAUUCUUUUAAAAAAAAA